AUGCAAGCUCCGAAACCUGAGAGCUGGUCACCUGUUCUGCUAUCUGAGCUGCAGGCCCAGGGGAAUGAAUUGUUGGCUGGCUGCCCAUUAGAGAGCUGGACAGGAAGAGACUAGGCCAGAGCAACUGCCUGAAGCGCCAGGGAUCUCUGGUGGUUGUGUUAGCCCACGUCCCUAGGUCUGAGCGGUGUGGUGAGGGUGGUGGAACAGGAGAGGAGUUGUGGCUGCCGCUGGAGUGCUCCAUACUCACCCCUCUGGGAGUUCCAUCCAGAACGAGGUGGAACCUUAUUUUGACAGGACACAGGAAGUGUCACUGUUAA